CUUUAUCAGCUGUUCUUAAAGGAAGUGGUUUCCCUCCCCUUAUCCCAAGAAGUUUGGAAAAAUGGCCUCCAUUAAAGAAAGAGCUGCGGCCUUGAAUCUUGUGGACAAACUGCAAUUUCGACCUCUAGUUCAUGGUGUUACAGUGAAACCAGUUCAGAAUCUUCCGUCGGCAAGCAGCCUCAUCUCCCAUCUCAGGUCUUCUUUAAAAGUGAAGCGCCGAAGAGUCUACCUUAAAUCUCACAAUGACUGUUUUCUGGGUGUGGAGGCAGUGGAUGUGGUGCUGGACUACAUUACUACAGAUAAGGCCUUUAAGGGUGCUGCUGCAUCCCGGGACAAGGUGGUGAAUGUGUGCCAGGCAUUGCUAGACUGCAAUGUGUUUGAUGUCGUCGGGACUAAAGUUUUUGGCAAAGACAAGAAACGGGUUGAAUUUCAGGACAGCAAGAGUGCUCUUUACAAGUUUAGAAACGAAAACGGACCCUCAGUGGAAGACUUGGAGAAAGAUGUGCUGGUGAACUGUCUCCAGAAACUCUUUUGUAGUUCACCUUCAAACAGGAAUGCUGAACAAUUAUAUUCCUCAGGGCCGCAAUGUCUGAUACCCACACCUGUCAAACUCACCCCGCUGUCCACAAAACUUCCCCACUUGGACAGUUCUGUCCGUGCCGAUCUGGAGACGGGUGUGGAAAAUCUGAAUCUGAGUCCCAACAGAGGGCAGACACACACUGUGCUUCCACAGUCUUUGAUAGAUGAGGUGUGGCGAGAGCAAACCCUGUGCAGACUGUUAAAUGUGGUGGAUCUGCCUGUAUUGGAGAGAGUGCUUCAGUACACUCAAUCUCAGCCAAUGACUCCCAGUAACCCUGACCCGAUCUACACCAGCAACCACAUUGACAGACAGAUUCUGAAGGCCUUCAGGGACUCUCAAGAUGAUGAAUGGCUUUGUGCAGCCCUGGACUGUCUGGACUUCCUUCCCGACGAGCCAGUAGUAAAGCUGAGCCGGGAGCUGCCUUUCUCGUUCCCUCAGGAGCAGCAGAGCACUGAGCAAGUGGAAGCCGAUGGCGACACUCCAGGGAAUAAAUGUCUCUCCCAAUCAUGUACAGCUCAGUGUGAGUUGUUGUAUGAGACACUGGCGAGACACUACAGCAACACAGAUUGUAGACCCCCGCUACUUCCUGAGCAAAUGACUGAUGUCUACACAGCAAUUACUGAGAUGAUUGUGAACGCAAAAUUGGUCACAGCGCUUGAAGCUCUCCAGCUGUGCCUGAAGCUGCUGCCACUUAACUGCAGAGAGGAGCUGCGUCGGCUUCUUCAUUUCAUGACAGUAGCUGCUGAAGCACAACACAUCAAGCUGGAGACGGAGGUGGAAAACCGACUUGUAGUGAAGACAUCGUUUUCCACGGCCAUCCUGAACUGCAAGGCACUGUCCAAGGAGAGAGAGGAUCUGAUGCUGGUAUUCAUGCUCAGCAACAAAAAGGACAUCUUUAAGAUACCAGGAACUCUGCACAAAGGAGUGAGUGCUAAACUGGCUGACCUCGUUCGUGAGAAACCGCCCGAUGUUGCUGAAUGCCUGGUUUCCAGUGGGACUUCUACCGACACUACCAAUAACACAACAAAACAAGAACUUUGGACUUUGCUCCACAGCAUUCAUCUGGAUACAAAGAUCUCAGCCAAGGAGAGAAAGCGCCUACUCAGACAGUUUUAUCAAGCCCACCCAGAAAUAUUUAAUAAGUAUUUCGGUGAAUCUGCUGUUAAUGUGCUGUAGCUUUGCACAUCAGUGGCUUGUUUUUUUCAUAUUAAUCUUUUUUUUUUUUAAAGUGCUGAUUAGCUUGCAGCCCAUGUCCAAUCUGUGGAUAUUGUAUAUUGUUUUUCAGCCUUUUUAAAAGAAGAAAUGAAAAAAAUAGAUACACAUAUUAAAGUGGCCCCUCAGAUCCUUACAUUUUUCAGUAUACAGUAAAAAAAUGUUUGGACAUCUCUGACCAAUAGAAACCAUCAUUAAUAUAAUUGUAAAUAUGUUUGUCUUUGUU